AUGAGUACUACUACUGCCGCUCGCAAAGCCAUUACUUCGGACUACGCUCGUUAUAGCGCCUUGGCAGAAAAGGCAUGUAAAUUCUUGUCAGCCUCUCCCGAUCCUUUCCACGCCGUCCACAAUUGCAUCUCGCAAUUGAAGCGAGAAGGUUUUGUUGGGCUCAGCGCCAAUGAGCCUCUGAUGGGCAAGCUAAAAGCUGGUGGCAAGUACUACUAUACAGUAGAACAUUCCACUCUAGUGGCCUUUUGCGUUGGUCCUGCGUUUGAAGCCUCCAAACCGUUUGGGUUUCAUUUGGUGGGAGGACACACGGAUUCGCCCAAUCUCAAGGUCAAGCCCCGUUCUCAAAAGUCGCAUCCUGCCAGUGGUACUAUUCAAUUGGGAGUGGAGUGUUAUGGAGGUGGUCUCUGGCAUACUUGGUUUGAUCGCGAUCUAUCCAUUAGUGGUCGAGUUAUGAUCAAAUCUCCGGAAUCGCCACUGGUCCAACAAAAGCUGGUCAAUUUGGAGGAUCCCAUUGCCCGAAUCUCCACUCUGGCCAUCCAUUUACAGUCAGCCGAAGAACGCAAGGGAUUCGCUGUCAAUAAGGAGAAUCAUACGGCGCCAGUCAUUGCCACUGACCGCAUCAUGAGCAAGGAAAACAAGGAUGCCGGUAACGUCUUGCAAGAAGGUGUUCAAGAACAAGUCUACGGAAGUGAAUGGAGAGAGGGACAAGAGCCUUUGCUAUUGGAAGCGAUUGCUUCUAAGCUACAAGUGCCAGUGGAACAUAUCAUUGAUUUUGAAUUGAAUCUGUAUGAUACCCAAGCUGCGCAGUUGGGAGGAAUGAAAAAGGAAUUCUUGUAUUCGGCACGUUUGGACAAUCUGGCCACGGUCUUUGCUUCCCUGGAGGCGAUUACACAGUAUUCAAAAGAGUUGCCUGCUGCCUCUAGCGAUAUUUCCAUGAUGGUGGCCUUUGAUCACGAAGAAGUUGGUUCGACAAGUGCCCAAGGAGCCGGAUCUCCCGUCAUGUUGGAUGCCAUCCAACGCAUCUCGUCGGCGCUGCAGGGUAGUACCACUUCGCCAGAUCUCUACAAUGCUUGCAUUCGCAAAUCGUUUGUUUUGUCGAUUGACCAGGCCCAUGCGAUUCAUCCUAAUUAUGCCAGCAAGCACGAGGCCAAGCACUCUCCCAAGCUUAAUGCGGGAGUGGUCAUCAAGACCAAUAGCAAUCAACGAUAUGCUACAAAUGGAUUGACAGGAUUUGUGGUUCGGGAAUUGGGGCGCCAGGCAGAUAUUCCAAUCCAAGAAUUUGUAGUGCGUAAUGACUGUCCCUGUGGCAGUACCAUUGGACCGACAAUUUCCUCCUUGACGGGUAUCCGAGUGGUGGAUGCUGGAAUGCCACAGCUUUCUAUGCAUUCUGUUCGCGAAGUCAUGGGAAUUGCAGAUCUCCAGAAUGGAAUCGAUUUGUUUCUUUCCUUCUUUAACAAUUUCCGAACACUGGAUGAUAACAUGAGCAAGGAAAUUGAGGGCACUACGGCCUAUGAUUAA